GGCCCACAGUCAGCGCACAAGAGGAGGGGAGGGAGGAAAAGUGUGUGUGUUUACACAGACGGCAAACUGCCUGGGGAAUCGUAGGGGAGAGGAAGUGAGCCGGCUCUGUGUCUGCCUGCUCCAACUUCCUGCUCUGAAAAAGAAAAAGCACAGGAUCCUAUUUCAGUCCAGCAGCACAACUGUGAAAGAAAGGGCACAAGUAAGCAUGGACAAACACGGAGUCGCACAAGUUUCGCCGUAGAGCUUCGCGGAGGGAAAAGACAAAGUGAGAGAUCGCAGGUAUGGACAGCGCCAUCACCCUGUGGCAGUUCCUGCUGCAGCUGCUGCUCGACCAAAGCCACAAGCACCUGAUUUGCUGGACGUCCACAGAUGGCGAGUUCAAGCUCCUCAAGUCAGAGGAAGUGGCCAAGCUCUGGGGGCUCCGCAAGAAUAAGACCAACAUGAACUACGACAAGCUGAGCAGAGCCCUGCGCUACUACUACGACAAGAACAUCAUUAAGAAGGUGAUUGGCCAGAAGUUCGUCUAUAAGUUUGUGUCCUUUCCUGAGAUCCUGAAGAUGGACCCGCAGGCCGUGGAGAUGGGUCUGGCCUCUGGGCGCUUUCCCCUCCAGGAAGGAGAGGCUCCUGAGCUGGACGUGGAGGAGGAAGAGGAGGAAGACGGGGAGGAGGAGGCACAGAGGAGGGCCCUGGCAGCGCUGGGGGCUCAGCAAUGUCGUAACGACUACCUCCGCUCAGGUCUCUACUCCUCCUUCAGCAUCAGCUCCCUUCAGAACCAGCCGGAGCUGCUCCGAGCCCUGCGUGAGCGCCAGGAGGAGUCCCGCUCCGUCAUCCGCUUUGGCACCAACGCCAACGAGAGGAGCUCCCCUCCCUCUGCCAAGCCAGAGUCCUACAUCACCCCCAGGCCGUCCAGGCUCUCCUCUCAUUCCCAUUCCCCAUCUCCCCCCCAUACCCAGCCUGGACGAAGCUGGGGCACUGGUGUCAAGGAGGGGGAGGGGGACUCUGACCAGAGCGCUCAGCCUCUCAACCUCUCCUCCGGGCACCGGGAGCGAGCUCUGCAGCCUCCAGAGAAGAGAAGCAACAGCAGCAGUGGUAGAAGUAGUUCUGUUGGUAAUGGUAACCAUAGAGAUGAACUCCCACCAAAAAGCAAGAAGCCCAAAGCUCUGGAGAUCUCUGCCCCAUCCCUGCUGCUGGCAGGAAGUGACAUCGGCUCCAUCGCCCUCAAUAGCCCAGCGCUCCCGUCUGGCUCCCUGACUCCUGCCUUCUUCACUGCACAGACUCCCUCUGGUUUGUUGUUGGCUCACAGUCCGCUGUUGUCAGGCAUCCACUUCUGGAGCAGCCUGAGCCCCGUCGCCCCGCUCAGCCCCGCCCGGCUGCAGGGCCACAGCUCCCUUUUCCAGUUCCCGAGCCUAAUCAACGGACACAUGCCUGUUCCUCUGCCAAACCUGGAAGGAACACCCUCCUCCCUGCUCCUGUCCCCCACCACCCACAAAUCCUGAUCCAGGGUCUGUGAAAAACCUCCCAUCUUCGUCCACCUCUUGUUGAAAGUCAUUGUCACCAUCACCAUCGUCGUCGGAACCAGCAGUGACCUCUUGUCAAAACCCGCUUCAGAAAAGUCCUACGAGACAGUAUGUGACCUCAGUUUAUUUUGCACUUGAGUUGCGUCAGAUUCCAGUGGUUGAAAGCACUUGGUUAAAAAAAAAAGAAGCCAUAUUGCCGCGAUGUCUGUGAGGCGUCUGAGGCCAUUUGUGAUAAAGUGCAGCACAUAUCCAUGCGACCCUGUUCACGAUGAACAGCAGUGAUGUGUUGCGAGCUGAAAGACGCUAGCCCGCCGCUCAUUCUGCGCUUAAUGCGCAGUUGUUUUUAAUCUUGCUAGACACAGAUAAACAAUGUUUUUUUUCCCUAAACUAUUCAUCACAAUGCAAGACCGGUUGUUUCACUGGUGUGGUAUUGUAUGUAACAUAUGCACUAUGCUUCUCAGAUAGUACCGGCUGUGCCUUGUUGUCCUUUCUUUUUCCCCCCUCUUUAUUUCAAAAAUAUUUUAAUGAAGACGAGAU